AUGAACGACGUCCUCAUCAACUCUGUCCACCCUCUGCCCGGCGUCAGGGUCAAGUCCAAUACUCUGGGCCCCUCGACUUCGCUGAAACCCAGCCGCGCUUCCUCCAUUAAGAAACAACACCAUUCGCAACCCCGAAAUGGAGCCUUCGAUUCGAUAUUUCGUGCCAUAAGAGGCGCCAACAAUCUCGUGCUGUCUCUACGAGAUGGCUUGUCCGAGCUAGAGCGGGAGCACAAGCGGAAACAGGAGGAGCGGAAGCAGAUAUUGUCUCUUCGCAUGAAGAAUGCCGACAACCGAAAACACUGGCAAGAAGCGGCCGAAGAGCUUGAUAUUCUCGAAGAAAACGACCUGUGGAAACUGGAUCCCUAUAAUGGAGACUAUUAUCCAGAACUCAUCGAGGCCCGGCUGAAAGAACUCGACGACGCCCGUACAAACUGCGAUACACGCGCCAUGAUGCAUCUGGUACGCACUGCUCUCUGCAGGGACCUCGGCGGCAUGGGAAAUGUUGACUUGUAUCGACACUCGUACGUCGGCACGAAAAAUCUCAUUGAACGAUACGUCGAGUCUGCCAUCCAAACCAUUGAUGCGCUCGUUGAAAAGAGCCAGUACGCGUUGCCCGAAGGCAUGGGGCAAAAAGAUAUUCUCGAAAGUGUUUUGUUCGCUCGCCAAAGCUUUGGCCGGAGCGCAUUGCUGUUGAGCGGAGGAGGAACCCUGGGUAUGUCCCACAUCGGUGUUCUGAAGGCCCUCUUUGAAGUCAAGCUGCUGCCGCGCAUCAUAUCAGGUGCCUCAGCUGGCUCCAUUGUGUCCGCCGUCAUCUGCACACGGACCGAUGAAGAAAUACCUCGUCUCAUCAGGGAGUUUCCUUAUGGUGAUCUUGCCGUCUUUGACGCCGACGAGAGCCCCGACGGAGUUUUCGACCACAUGCGAAGGCUGCUCACCGAGGGUAGCUGGUCUGAUAUCAAGCAUCUGACCCGUGUCAUGCGUGGCCUGGUUGGAGAUCUCACGUUCCAAGAAGCAUACAACCGAACUCGACGGGUUCUCAACAUCUGCGUUUCUACCGAGUCCAUGUACGAACUUCCGCGUUUGCUGAACUAUAUCACGGCGCCCAACGUCAUGAUCUGGUCCGCGGUGGCUGCCUCGUGCUCCGUCCCGUUGGUCUUCAGCGCUGCGCCCUUGUUGGUCAAGAAUCCCGACACUGGCGAGCAUAUGCCGUGGAACCCGACACCGCAGAAAUGGAUCGACGGCUCCGUCGAUAACGACCUGCCCAUGACGAGACUUGCCGAGAUGUUCAACGUGAAUCAUUUCAUCGUUUCGCAAGUCAACCCGCACGUCGUACCUUUCUUGGCCCGCGACGACCAAUUAGAUCCCGAUGAUACAACGGCGGCGCGCAGAAGUAUAUCGGCGAGCAAGCAAGAGCUCGAAUGGGUUUAUACCUUGACGGCUCUCGCAAAAGACGAGGCACUGCAUCGCCUGCACUUCUUGGCGGAGAUUGGUGUCUUCCCCAACCUAGUCACCAAGCUUAGAAGCAUUCUCAGCCAGAAGUACUCGGGCGAUAUUAACAUCCUUCCAGAGGUCAGCAUUCACGACAUUCCAAAGAUUCUGAGCAACCCAAGUCCGGAUUUCAUGCUGCGGGCUUGUCUCUUGGGCGAGCGCGCGACGUGGCCGAAGCUCAGUCGGAUUCGCGACCGCUGCGCGAUCGAGCUCGCCCUAGACCGAGCUGUGCACCGAUUGCGUGCCCGUGUCGUCUUUUCGGACAGCCAGGUUGAUCUGCGAAGACUCACCACUGGCAUCGUUCUCCCGCCACCCUGGCCUAAAUCUACGUCAGAUCCCAAGGCCAUCCCCUCGGUCUCGGGAGCUCCUGCUCUCACUCUGGAUACAGAGGGUGUCAAAAACAGACAGCGACGAUGCUCGGGCAGCAGUGUUCAGCUCAUGGCCCACCACCGAAGACUGAUGGAGAACGUGCUCACUGACGAGGAAACCGAGGAGGAGGAGCGCUUGGAGAUGCGCGCCAGGCACGGUCACGGCAGCUCAUCGCCUGUCCUCGUCCGCAAACCACGCCUCAAAAGAGCGGCCAAGAGCCAUUUCAACGUGUCUUUGGCUCGGGGACCUAUGACUAGCCCCAUCAACCCGGCACAACUCCAGGCUGUUGAGUUCGACUUUGGUACACCUGUUACGCCUCCGCUGCACCGAACACGACACUCAGAGGGCUCACUGGCUCACAACCCCAACCUGUUCAUGACGCCUGCCAUCGAUAUUGAUCCUCUAGCUCCGGGAUCCAGAGGCGAAGUGACUUCACACACUGAGCUGGAAACAUCAGAUUUACACUCUUCUGAUGGUGACGUUGAGUCGCAUACCGACAUGUCGGACCCAGAACCGUACAGCGAUCGCAAUUGGCUCCGCGAAGGGUCAGAAGAUAUCGAGACGAACGAGAAAGUGAGCAAGGAUCUACCCGAGGUCAGCAGCCGCGAGCUCGUUGCAGUGGGAGAUUCCUUAGGAGGACUAUGGGAUUGA